GCCACACAGUACCCAAAACCCCUGGUGCCGAGAGAGAUGUGGGAAGGACACUAUGCUACAGUAGCGCACUGGGUUGCUGCUGUUUAGAGAGGAGUAGUCCAGACUCGACUGUGGUACCGGAUGAUGCAGAGACAAAUAGAGAGCGAGAGAGGUGCGCAGUAGGCUUCUCAGUUCACAUUGGAGACGUUUUCCAGUCGCUUAGGAAUGUUUUCACGUUUUGCACUAAAGGAAGUUUUCUGAAACAGGAAAAACUGUGGCUAGUCCAACCGAUCCCCUAUGACUUGACUGGGGGGAAGUGAGUGGAGUAAGCCGUGCCUCUGAGCGGUGCGGUGUUGCGUUCUGUGGGGAGGAGGCUGAAACGGUAUCAGGGUGAGAAGAGAUUAUCCGUGACAGCAAAAGCAAGAUCUCCAUUGGGCUCGAGCUCCUCUCUCUCUCUCUUCUGACAAACCAUCACUCACCGACCUACCGUCACGGAUAGAAGAUGUCCUGCGCUUCAUAAACGAACGAGUGACCUCAGUGCCUCCGUUGUAGGCUGGCUAUACUGUAGCCUACCUGGCGACAAGGCUGCAUGUUUUAGAUAUUUGGAUACGAUAAACAGCGUAGUCAUUUUUUGGAUUGAAAUUACCAACGGAAAAUGAAUCGAUAAAUUAUGGACGAGCGAUGUUAAUAGUGGACAACUGAAGGGAUUGAUAGCCUACAACGCAUUAUAGUCUAGGGUCCCUCCCAGCCUUUCCAGGUGUUGUGUGGUGGUCUAGAAUGUAGGGAUGAUCCCUGUGGGGCGACUGAAGGCUCAGCCACAGCUGUGGCAGAUAGAGAGAGAUGCCUCUCCAUGGCUGUGGAUGCUCCCUGGCCCUGGUCCUGCUGCUGCUGCUGCCUCGGGGCUCUGCCGGCUCGGUGCCACUAGUGCCCCUGUUGCCGCGUCACACCAUCACCACCCCUUCCUGCUCUCCCAUCACCACCCUCCUCCGUUGCUCCAAGCCGUCUCCAGCUGGCAGCUUUCCUGUGAUCCCUUCCUGCCUCUGACCAGGAUACCGACACACACAGCAGCUAAUCCUGGCAUCAGUCAGUUUCCCCUGCAGAACGUGCAGUGGGAGCUGCCAUCUCCACACCACGUGCUGGGAUUUCAGCCUUCUGCCAACCUGGAGCUGGUCCCUGUAUUCCCCCAUCUGUACCGCUCAGUGCUGCCUCCUCACUGUGGCAAAGGAUGGGUGGAGAAGCGGGUCCCCGACUACAAGGCGUACUUGAACAACACUCUGGAGAACACCUGGCUUACUCCGGAGGAAAUAGGAAUUUUCCAGCGGCAUGAAAAACCAUUGUUGAUGACAAAUCAAAUGGCAAUGAGCACAUCUAGGCCAGAUACUGCCUCCGGGAGUCUCAACUCUCUCAUGUCACCCAGACCUGCUGCCUCCAGGAGUCUCAACUCUCUCCUCAUGUCACCCAGACCUGCUGCCUCCAGGAGUCUCAACUCUCUCCUCAUGUCACCCAGACCUGCUGCCUCCAGGAGUCUCAACUCUCUCCUCAUGUCACCCAGACCUGCUGCCUCCAGGAGUCUCCACUCUCUCCUCAUGUCACCCAGACGUAUAGCAGGUUGUCCUGUGGCUAUCAAGAGAGUGGGCAGGAACAAGAGGAUCUCUCUGGCAGCUACCGCCAUGACAGCCAUGGAAUCAGAUCCCUCCAGACUCCAAGGGCCUUCGCCCUCCUCCUGCUCUCCCUCGUUCAUCCAUCCCCUCCGCCUGUUCCAACUGUCACCUAUCAAGAUCCCCUUUCGCCUGUCUCCACCUGGCCCAGGAUCCAGUGCCACCUGGGAGGGCCUGAUGGGACCCAUGCUGCCAGCCCAGUUUGCCCGGAUGACAUCACUCUCAGCGCCAGGUGUUGCUCUCAUGACUGGAGACUGGAGACCCCACUCAACAUCAGAUAAGCGGUUGUCCAGGAGAAGAGCGUCGUGCUCUGCGACGUUGGUGCUGCAUACAGAGCAGAAGACAACCCAGGAGAAACAUACAGAGCAGGAGAUGGUAGAGGUCCCCAUGGAGGAGGAGGAGGACGUCGACCCUAAAGACAAGCGUCCUGUAGCUUCCACCCCUGUUCCCGGAUCUCCAUGGUGUGUGGUGUGGACGGGGGACGACAGAGUAUUUUUCUUCAACCCAACGAUACAACUCUCUGUUUGGGAUCAGCCAGUAGAUCUGAAGGACCGUGGAGAGGAUCUCAACAGGAUUAUAGAAGAUCCUCCACAUAAACGCAAAAAGGAUUCUUUGUCCACAGAGGACGGUUCUAACUCUUCGUCUGCUGAUGACGAUGAUGCUGAUGAAGAUGAGUAUUAUUUAAAAACCAAGAGGAACAAACUGGAGGAACCGGCGGAUGGUAAUGAGGACCUGAGAGAGAGGGCAGGCGCAGACACAUGUGACACUCCUGCCCAUCGGACUGUUCUACCCUUAGGACUACGCAUCACACACUUCAGGGACAUGCUCCUUGAAAGAGGGGUUUCAGCGUUUUCUACAUGGGAGAAAGAACUGCACAAGAUCGUGUUUGAUCCACGGUAUCUUCUGCUAAACUCUGCAGAGGAGAGGAAACAGGUGUUUGACCAGUUUGUCAAAGUGAGGAUGAAGGAAGAACACAAGGAGAAGCAGAGCAAACUGCUGCAAGCAAAAGACCAGUAUAGAAAACUUCUAGAGGAGUCGAAAAUCACAUCCAGGUCAACUUUCAAAGAGUUUUCUGAUAAGUAUGGCCGCGACCAGCGCUUCAAGCAAGUGCUGAAGAAGAAAGACCAAGAGCACUUCUUCAACCAGUUCAUCAAUGCGAUAAAGAAGAGAGAUAAAGAGAACCGCAUGAGGCUGAGGAAGAUGAGAUGAGGAAGCAUGAGGCUGAGGAGGAUGAGAUGAGGAAGCAUGAGGCUGAGGAGGAUGAGAUGAGGAAGCAUGAGGCUGAGAAGGUAUGAGGCUGAGGAAGAUGAUAUGAGGAAGCAUGAGGCUGAGGAAGAUGAGUUGAGAAGAUAUGAGGCUGAGGAAGAUGAGAUGAGGACGCAUGAGGCUGAGGAACAUGAGAUGAGGAGGUACAGUAUGAGGCUGAGGAACAUGGAAUGAGGAAGUAUGAGGCUGAGGAAGAUGAGAUGAGGAGGCAUGAGGCUGAGGAACAUGAGAAGAGGAGGUUUGAGGCUGAGGGAAAUGAGGAGGUAUGAGACUGAGGAACAUGAGAUGAGGAAGUACAAUAUGAGGCUGAGGAACAUGGAAUGAGGAAGCAUGAGGCUGAGGAGGAUGAGAAGAGGAGGUAUGAGGCUGAGGGAAAUGAGGAGGUAUGAGGCUGAGGAACAUGAGAUGAGGAAGUACGAGGCUGAGGAAGAUGAGUUGAGGAGCUAUGAGGCUGAGGAAGAUGAGAAGAGGAGGUAUGAGGCUGAGGAAGAUGAGAAGAGGAGGUAUGAGGCCAAGGAAGAUGAGAUGAGGACGCAUGAGGCUGAGGAACAUGAGAUGAGGAGGUAUGAGGCUGAGGAACAUGAGAUGAGGAGGUACAAUAUGAGGCUGAGGAACAUGGAAUGAGGAAGCAUGAGGCUGAGGAGAAUGAGAAGAGGAGGUAUGGGGCUGAGGGAAAUGAGGAGGUAUGAGGCUGAGGAACAUGAGAUGAGGAAGUACGAGGCUGAGGAAGAUGAGAUGAGGAGGUACAAUAUGAGGCUGAGGAACAUGGAAUGAGGAAGCAUGAGGCUGAGGAGAAUGAGAAGAGGAGGUAUGGGGCUGAGGGAAAUGAGGAGGUAUGAGGCUGAGGAACAUGAGAUGAGGAAGUACGAGGCUGAGGAAGAUGAGUUGAGGAGGUAUGGGGCUGAGGAAGAUGAGAAGAGGAGGUAUGAGGCUGAGGAAGAUGAGAAGAGGAGGUAUGAGGCCAAGGAAGAUGAGAUGAGGAUGCAUGAGGCUGAGGAACAUGAGAUGAGGAGGUAUGAGGCUGAGGAACAUGAGAUGAGGAGGUACAAAUGAGGCUGAGGAACAUGGAAUGAGGAAGCAUGAGGCUGAGAAGGAUGAGAAGAGGAGGUAUGGGGCUGAGGGAAAUGAGGAGGUAUGAGGCUGAGGAACAUGAGAUGAGGAAGUACGAGGCUGAGGAAGAUGAGUUGAGGAGGUAUGAGGCUGAGGAAGAUGAGAAGAGGAGGUAUGAGGCUGAGGAAGAUGAGAAGAGGAGGUAUGAGGCCAAGGAAGAUGAGAUGAGGUAUGAGGCUGAGGAACAUGAGAUGAGGAGGUACAGUAUGAGGCUGAUGAACAUGGAAUGAGGAAGCAUGAGGCUGAGGAGGAUGAAAAGAGGAGGUAUGAGGCUGAGGAAGAUCAGAUGAGAAGGUAUGAGGCAGAGGAACAUGAGAAGAGGAGUUAUGAGGAGGCAUCAGGCUGUGAAAUAGGCCUCUCAGAAUACAGAAUACAAUUAAUGGAUAGAACGGUCUGAUAAAUGAGACUGCAGUUUCAUGGGGAACAUAAAGAAACAAAGGAACAGCAAUCACGAUCCCUGUGGAAUCAGUCUAAAAGGGGAGAAAGCAGCCGACAGUCAUUUGCCUUGCAAACUCCAACUCUUCUCCAGAUUUUACAGUCAGCUGCGUCAGAGACGGCUUGGCUCCACAUGCUAAGCAGGAAAUCCAGAUAACUCUCAGAGAUCGAAUAAUGUUUCAUAUUGAAGCUACUGUAUAUUUUGAAAUUCAACAUUUCACAUGUUUUGAGUCACAGUGACAAACAUGAAUUGAGCAUUAUUUCUGUAUUUAUUUGGUGUUAUCACAUGACCUGUAUGUAGAUAUCAAUGUGUGUACACAAUCACACAGCACAUGCACAAUUAUAAAAGACAUCAUGUACAUAGACAGAAAACAACCCUGCAGAGCAAUUGGCAUUUUUUACCUAUUUCAAACAAGAUUCUCCACAGCAUCUGUGAGAAUCAAUGGAUGGUAAUUGUGUAUUGAUGGAUUUUGUAAAUGUCCCCCCCCCUCCUCCCCCUAAAAAACUGAUGUUGUGUUUAUUAUGAUGUGUGUUCUUCUUAUGAUGUAAAAGGAUAAGUUAAAGUUGCUUAUUUGUCAUUGAAACCGUCAUUAAUGUAAAAGUCAUACGUAGUGCAUUCCCCUGUAACAGGUCGAAGACGUUGUGCGAAGAUUCUAAAGGACUGUUUCAUUUCGGUUCUGAACAUUGGGUUUUACAGAUAAUAUAGUUUACUGUACAAAACAGUGUCUUAAAAUGUGUUUUAUAUGUUUUAUCAUACAUUUUUUUUUUCAGUUAAACGUGCAAUGUUUGUGGAUUGUGAGUUUGAUUAAUUAAAACCCUUCUAAAAUGGA